GCCAGCGAGUAACUUCAGUUCAUGACCCUGCUCGUUUCGUCUGCAAUUUGCGAGAAGCACAUUUUUGUUGACAGUCAGAAUCAAUAGGUUAUUCGAUUUUGUGCAAGAUUCUAAACGGUUGCUUAAAAAUUCAUUUAUGAAUUACAUGUGAUAUUGCGAUCUUGACAUUUUAUCGAUAAAAAAAUGAACGAUCCCUUUAAAGAGCCAGUUUUGUACUCCGGGAAACUCGACGAGGAAUCGCUGGACCUUUCAGGCUUACCCGCAACUGGAGAAGAAUACAUUAAACGAGUCAUAUACGAAGCGAGGAAUUGUGAUGAUGUUGCAUACGCAAAAAUCGAUGACUCGCGUUUUAAAAAACCCACAUUGAAUGUCAAGCCAUUGCCAGAGUGCAUCAAAGCUCCAGACUGCAUGGGUCCCACUCAAGAAUGGCAAAAUCACCAAAUAUCAGAAUUUUCUCAAAUAAGAAUGGAAAUAGCACAAUUUAGAGAUGAAAUAAAAAAUAAAAAAAAGAGAAGGCUGUCGUGUAAAGUGAAAUUGCCUGAUAUAAGUGAUCAAGAAGGCUGGAUCAAAGUAUGCACCACUACUAAUGAAAAUUAUAUAGAACCUUUGCUCAGUAUUAUUUUAUCAAUUAAUCAGCCAUCUAUCGAACAAGUUUUAGAAUAUUUAGUUAAUUAUUUAGAAAAGCAAGAACUUAUUCAAGCAGAAUUAGGGAGAUGGUUGUAUGCAUUAUUGUCUGCUUUAGAAUUGCCUUUAAACCCUGACAUGUGCUCUUGCCUUCGAUCUUUAGCAAGGUAUUGUGCAUCUAUGAGGGCUAAAUUGGAACCAACAAAAAUCAAUGAUGUGGUAUCUUUGAAUCUUUUUAUAUGUUUAGUAGCCAGGUAUUUCAGGCAGUUGGACUUAGCAGAUCCAUGAAGUUUAAUUUAACUUUAAUUUUUUAUUUUAUUAUUUGUAAAAUAUUAAAUAUGCUUUGGCUAAGCGCUUUUGUGAUUCAAUAAA